AUGGGCGUUGGCAUUCUCGGCUUCAUCUCCUCCCUCGUCUACCAGCGCGGAAUCUCAACCACGGCCAGAAUGGCUGCAGCAGACGUCCAGGCUCCUGUGAUCUCCCUGUCGCAUGGCGGCGGCCCGAUGCCCAUCCUCGGCGACCCCGACCACAGGCAUCUCGUCAACUCGUGGAAAACGCGCGUGCGCAAGGUGCUCAAGCUCAACACCCCAGAGGCCCCCAAAGCCAUCAUAUUGGUGACAGCACACUGGUCUACCGGGCAGCCAACUAUCUCGUCGGGCUCGAGACACGAACUGUACUACGACUACUACGGCUUUCCGCAGGAGGCCUACUCUCUCAAAUACAAUGCUAGCGGAUCGCCCGACAUUGCUCAAGAAAUAUUCAAGCGCCUACAAAAGGCCGGCUUUUCCCCGAAACUAGACGACAAGAGAGGCUGGGACCACGGCGUGUUUGUCCCGCUGAAAAUGAUCAUCCCAGACGAGUCCAUUCCCGUGAUUCAGAUGUCGGUAUUGGACUCGGAGGACCCGGAAGACCAUUUCAAGAUGGGACAAGCCAUUUCCGAUCUGCGCAAGGAAAAUAUCGCCAUCAUUGGAUCCGGAUAUGCAACGUUCCAUAACCUGCGAGUCAUGUUUAGCGGCAGCGCGAAUACGCCGGCUUUCAAGGCGAACAUUCGCGAGUGGUCCGAAGUGCUCAACGAGGCCGUCAUGACCGAGGAGGCAGACAAGCGACUGGCCAAAUUGAAACACUGGCGACAAUUCCCGCAUGCGUAUACCAUGCAUCCUAACGGCGGAGCAGAGCAUUUCCUGCCUCUCAUCGUGGCGGCGGGUGCAGCGGGCUCGGGCAAGGGUGGACUGUAUGGAGACGAAUACAAGGGGAACGACAUGUUUUCGUUUUAUUGGGAGUAG